AUGGCAACUACGCGGGAAGAGAAGAAAAAGACUAUUUCUACAGGAACGUUGAAUCUGAGAUUCAUGCAGCGUGCAGCCGGUGGUGCUGAAACUCCGGCCCUGCAAAAGAAAGAGGUUGUUGAUGAAGGAUCGUGGGACAUCGGGCCAGAAAUGAGAAGGGCAUUGGGCCUUGAGAAGUCGACUACCGAUAAAUCCGAAGGCACUUCGUCAGUAUCGUAUGAAUCAUCGUACAUCCCCUUUGUUGGCUCCAGUGCAUCUCAAGGACGGUCACGCUUUAACAAAUAUGGAGUCAGAAAGAGCAUCGGAACCGGAGAGGGGUCAGAGGCAAAUAGCGAUAAUGAAGAAGACACGAAGGACAACGACCCUGGUAGUCCAUCGAAGGAUGAACCAAGUAGCCAAUCCCCGGUUUCGCCUGGUGCGAAGGACAUGUUUUUGCGGCCUGGGGGCAUCGACGAACCAACUUCCGAUUUACACAAAAGCAAAAGGCUCAAAGUUUCUACCGAUGGGGGGAGUGGGCGCCGUCAUGAUGCUGGUGGUUCUCUGGAUUCGAGACCCCGUUUAACGGGUGUAUCAAGAGCAUGGAAGGGAAGUCGGCCGAAUGACAAGGGGUCCAGUGCAAAAGCUCAGCAGACGCUCCAGAAAGGGCGAAGUCGCGGGCCCGACACCACAUAG